AUGAAUGACACGUCGUUCUUGUCUGGGCUGUCCAGCAUCGGUGAGGCCAUUGGCGAGACAGCCUAUGGCCGAUGCAUCUCUCUCUUCGUCAUCAGCUGCGAGCCCUCGUUCGAUGAAUUAGCGGUGCGCCUCGGUGGGCCUGGGUGCCCAUGGGAGACGGUUCAGCUGCCUAUGCAGCAGCCAGUCGUCCUGCACCGGCACCCAGGUGCCCGCGUAGCGCGUCGCGCGACCGAGCUCGCGUUCGCCACGAAGUCGUAUGUCGAGAGCCUCACAUCCGACAUGGACGACCUGCAUCCGACUGGGGGCAUGGCGGCCAUGGACAUACUCACGAGCACUGCCAUUAGCGCUGCCGCCUCGACGCUGACGACAUCUGCUGGGACCGCUGCGGCAGCUGGCGGCCCUGUGACGGAGCUCACCGCCGCUACAGAGACGCCGGGUGCCGCGUCCGAUGCGGAGGGCAUCCACGGCGCCCCACAACCGUCGCUGCACAUCUGCUUCCAUUGGGCGAUUGGAGAGGUGCUGCCAGAGUUCAACCCGCCGGCGGCACACGCGACAAAGGCUGGAGAAGGCGAUGACGCAUUGGGCGGGGAAAAGGCGCAUGACAGGGAAGAUGGAACGAGUGGAAGCGAGGAUGGUCGCAAAGGCGGCGAGGAGGAGCACUACAGCAGCAACGGUGUGGGGACGAACGGCGAGGCGCCUGCGGCUACGGCACCGGCGGCCGAAACGGCAGCUGCCACCGCGGAUGAAGAGGCGAUGACGGAGGCUCAGGUUCGCCACGGCGAACAGGCCGCGGCCGGAGUCGCAGCGCGGUGCAACUCGUCUCUCUGUGUGAACCUCCUCUCUGCCUAUGGUGCUACGUUGGUUUCAGAAGUGACGCGGACAGCAGACGACAACAACAGCGGCGACGCACUCACGCCAGAGAAUAAUGGUCACUCUGCGGCCAUCUCCGGCUCUCCCUCGUCGCCCCCUCGCAGCAAAACGCCGCGUCGCCAGCGCCCCCAGAACUAUCGGUCGAGUAUCAUUCACAUGGAGCUGGCCCCAGUUAUGGCGUCACCGUCACAGGAAGCAGGCGGGCACGGUGCGACGACGGAGAGACUCGCGGAUAUGAACGAGGAUGACGACGAGGACGAGGACAACGUGGCGCCAGUGGUGAUGCACUUUCCUCCGCCACCGCCGGCGACAGGGACGGCUCGGCCUCCAGUUGGCCAUUCAGCACCACAGGAGGUGGCACUGGACACGAACAUUAUGACGCCCGUUCAACUCAGCAACGAAGCCGAACGCUCAUGCAAUACCGCGCUCACACCGCUCUCUUUUAAUCACGCGACGGAGGGCACGCUGGGCCACCAACAACGGCUGGCGGUGCCGGCGUCCGAAAAGCAACACAACACCGCAGCAGCCGUAACGGCGCCUGCACCGCCACAGCCGACGCCAAACAACCUGUUCGAGGGGGCUGAUGGCGCCGCUCUUGUUGUGAUGGUGGGUGUUGUAGCCAUCUACAGCACCAACGGCACAGCAGACCCGCACCGCGUUGUCUCUGUGGAGUUGUCGGCCACAGCAGUUGACAAGGAGAACACGAUGCACCACUCUGACUUGCACACAUCCGCCCUCUCGUUCCGCACCACGCCGGCCUUGCGAGGCCUUGCAGCGGUGGUGCCGCAAGUGAGCAGUCCCGUUCUAUUGUUAUCCCGGCAUCAGAAUGAUGCGAGUGGCGCUGCUGGCGACGGCAAUGGAGGCCUUGCCAAUGCUGGCCCUGCUGUGCCGCCUGCUCUGCAUGCAACCUGCGUCCUCACAGAGACCUUGGCAUCCAUGGAAGGGGGCACUGCGGGUAGCUGCACAUCAACGACGCUGUGGGCGAGCAUGGCUGACGUAGUACCGAAGCACGGAUCACUAUCGCUCUCGGCGUCAUCUCCGGCGCCCGCGCCACAGAUGAGCCACGAGGUGCGCUUCACUGGUGCCAACGGCGAUGUGGUCCUCACGUUGUGGACGUAUAUGACCGUGAGUGCGUAUCGGGACGCGGUGCUGAACCUGCGCUCGCGUGUCACGGAGAAGAGCGCGCAGCCCGUUCUGCAGAUGCUACUCAUCGAUGAGUCGCCGUCGAGUACGAAAACAACAAGAGUGUCGAGCUGCCGAAACCCAUUAACGGCCACCGUGUGGGUGAGCUCGCCGUCAUCAUCCGACUCGGCACGCGCCGACAGCAUUGCGCACCGCGUCGUCACUGUGGGUUCGGCGUACGACAUCGCCCAGCAGCCGGUCACCGUACCAGUGCGCGACCCGCUCGUCUACGUGGCGGUGCAGCCUUCCACAUCCGCGUCUGCAGCAUCGCAUGCUCAGCCGAUAUUUUUGAGCAUGUUCUCCGACGCGUGGACGCGCUUGGCGGUACCCUCGCGCGAUGGCGGCACCUGCGCCGCCUCUUCCACCUCUGCUACGGCGGUCUUGCACUACCGCCUCGUCGAUGCCUCGACUGCCGCCGCUGCUGCGGAGUUGUCGUCGUUACCCGCGCCGCUCCGCGAAGGACCCAGAGUGUCCAGCAAGAGCAACGAGGAUGCUGAGCUGCGCGAGGUUACCAUCAUGGUCAACCCACCAGCGACGCUUUUUCCAGCGUUGCCACCCUCGACUGGCAGCCAUAUAAACACCGGCGAGUCCGAAGCACCUUUCCAACCAGCCUCAGCGUGGAAUCUAGUCCUCUGUCACGCUGUGACGCGCGCCGUUCUCGCAGAAGCCUCCCCGGAAACAGGUGUUCUUGCCUACCACGGCUUUCUUCCCGUACUGAGUAGCAGACGCAGAGCGUCUGGAAAGUGUGGCGCUCUGCUUGCAGCGGGCAUCAGCAACGCCGACACCCCUCCCGUGGGCGAGGAGGUCCUCCUUCCAUAUGAGGUGCUACUGGUUCCCGCCGCUGGCUUGCCAAAGAUGGGCGGUGGAGCGAGUCCUCCGCCGAAGCCGGCAGCGGGAGCAAUGCGGCCCAUUGCCACCACAUCCCUCGCACGCGUCGCCCCAACGAACCGUGGCAGUGGUCUUGCUUCGCAGGGAGCCGCAAAGGCAGCGAGCCCCAACGCAUGGUCGGGGACGAUGUGGUUCUCUUCCUCCGCGCUGUACUCCGCCCCAUCCAUCGGCGCGCACUGGAAGACGUCCAUCUGUGUAUCGUCAACACCGGUCUCUCUGCCGGCGACGGCGUCAGUGCUACGCGCACCCUCUGCGGCCCUAGGAGCCCAGCUCGAGGUGACGUGCGCCGUUCGCUCCCACACACUCGGCACCGACUCGGCUGUGUUUUGUCUACGCUCGCUGCGCCUGGUACCGUCUUCGGUGGCCGGCGGGCCGCAGGCGCCACCGACGGGUGCUUCGCCGUUGCCUCGGGCGCAGGUGCAGCUGUGGUUCACUACGAGCGGCGGCAGCGCAGAAGAGGUGCGGGUUGCCUGGGGUGCGGCGGGUUCGCCCUCGGCGAAGGAGCUGCAACACGAGUGGGCGCCAGCGGUGCCUGCGUCUAGCAGCUGCUGCACACCUGCCCUAUGCGUUGAUGAGGACGGUCAGUUGGCGCCUACUGGCCCGCCAGUUCUACUUUCAACGACCAACGCGCGUGCCCGGUUGUGCGUGGCGCUAACCACUGCAGCGGAGACAACGGCAGUGUCAGACGGCACGGCCGAUGCGCGAGCACUACAACGCUGUGUUGCGAGGGUGCGCAAGAGUGUCAUUCAUCGCUACAAGGCUCACUCAUCGUCGAGGGCUACGCAAGGCAGCAGUGAAGCCGAUAAUCAGCGACAAGCGCAACCGCAACUGACGGAGGAGCAGAUGGCGGAGGUCUAUGUGGAGUGCGUCAACGCUGUCGCUAUGGGCGUUGACAACUACGCGGAAGUGGAUCUGAGCCCCUCCCUUGUGGCCGCGAGCGAGCGACCCGGGGGGAUGCGGCACCGACUUCUCAUUAGCUUCGUCAGCGGUGCUAUCCGCAUGAGUCAUCACGUGGUACUUGAGCUUCAGGGCCAGUGGAUCAAGAUGCCGCGCCAGGUGGCGGUGGUGUCAGAGAACUACACGCCGUCACCACGGCUGUGGGCCUUGCGGCGCAGCUGCAUCGUGCGGUACCCAGACGCGCCACAUCGAGCCGUAUGCAGUCGUAUUGGCGUUUCAGAAGGAGCUCCGCUGCUGCAGAAGGUGCUGGAGGCGUACAUGGGCUACGAUUUGGCAGUGCAAAGUGUGCCGCUCGACUACACGGAUCCGUCCGAGCACGCUGUGCAGACGCUGUUGCCGGGGCUGCCGUACGACAAGCUCGUUGUGCAGGUGAAGCAGCGGGAGGCGCGGCUGCGGCCGUACUGCGAGGUCAUUCGCAUUAUAUCCUCUGGAAUGCUGGCCGCGUCGCUACGACGAGGGAACCGCGCUGCAGCAGGACUAGAAGAGACUGCCAACGACCAUGACGACAUGGCGUUCGAGGACGCCACGGAGCUGCUGAAGCACAUCUUCGGCCCGGCCGGUCUUGCCCACGCUGCCUACGUAUCUGAGGCGUCGCGCAAGGUGGCCAUCGUGCACUUUUUCUUCGGUGACGCCUACACGACUCGCACCGUGUUGAAUGUGUCGUGCACGGUCUCUGCCGAUGCCAUGGGUGCAGUCCCAAACGUCCCAACGCAGCCCUGCGACGACGACCACAGCCCUCUGCCACCCUCUCCAGGAGGGUCUGUGCCAUCGAUAAAUAAAGCCAUGUCUUGCAGCACCGCGUUCUCGUCAUCUUCCUUGCAGGUGCUGUGCGACAGUCUGAUGCGCACCUCGACACUCUGCAGUUUUCCAGCGAGCUCCUUGGUGCACCGGUUCCCUGGUGAGAGCCACCGUCGCUACCCGUCAGAGCUCACGUGGUACCACGGUAGUCUCAAUAUCCGGAGCGAGGAGGAGCAGCGGCGGCGCGAGGAAGGUGAGGCAGUAUGGAGGCGCGGAUUGACAGAGCAGCGGCUUGGCGCGCAUAUGAAGCCGGGCCCACUUGUAGUGUCCGCCUUCACGCAGCAUCCGUGCGACUGUCUGUCGCUGUUGGUGGAGCCGUCGCUGACGCGGUGUGCAGACGGGCAGUACUACAUCGUCUUCGGCGGCCUCUCGGCGACCACAAUGACUGCCUCGUCCAGUGUGUACGCGUUCGACGACAACGCGCAGAUGUGGAAGCCGCUGCGCGCGCGCCUCAGCAGUUGCGGCAUGGCUUCUUCUUCUACCCCUGUGGCGUUGCCGCCGCCUCGCUACGGCCACACGGCCGUCUACCGCCCAUCUGACAAUGCCGUCUACAUCUUUGGCGGCCGUGGCCGCAGCGGCGAUGCUGCGGCAGAGCCGAUGAGUGACUCCCAGGCCAGGGACGACGCUGGUAGUGCUGCUGCUGCUGCGUUGGUGUAUGGCGAUGUGUGGAGGUUGUCGUGGGACGCGAACGCGUGCACGGUGGCGGCGACAGAGCUGCACUGCACCUGGGCCGACACACCUUCUGGUGGCACUUGGGAUAGCGAGAAUCGCAUCUCCUCAAUGCUGACUGGUGACUUGGAGGGCCGACUUGCUCGCUGGCGCCAUGCGGCGGUGCUGCACAACGACUACAUCGUGGUGAUCGGCGGCCAGUCCAGCAGCGGCGCCUGCUGCUCGUGUGCGGAGGUACUGUAUCUCGACAUUGGCACGCAAGAGUGGGCUGCACGCCGCAGUUUCGGCACCGAGGUGCCGUGUCCGCGGUACGGGCUUGCCGCGACCCUCGUGAGCGGAGGGUCCGCUCUCUACAUCUUUGGUGGGUUGGGGCACGAGCAGAGCAAGGCCGGGAAGCUGCACAGCGCGGCGCACUCCGGCAGCGCCUUGAGCAGCAAUGCGAAUGGUGACGCGGCACGCGAAGAUGGGGAGCAAAAUGCGGUGGCCUUGUCAGACUUUUUCAAGCUGGACCUCAUCACGCGCAUGUGGAGCCGCGUGGAGCCGAACGGCACCGUGCGACCGCCAGCGCUGGAGCUUGCCGACAUGACGUCGUGCAUUAUCGAUGACUGUCCUGUGAUUCUGCUUGUUGGCGGCCGCACCAGCAGUGCCGUGGUGACGACGCCGACAACAGAACAGGCAGCCGCUUCGCCGCUGAUGGUGUUUCUCUUCUCCACGGCGACACUCUUUUGGCGCAUCGUACGCAUGGACUGCACCCCGGUUGCGGCACGCUUUGGGCUGCGGGCGGUGGCGUCGGCGGGCUCGGCCAAGACUCUGGGACCGAGGCACAAAAUGAAUAAUGCGCAGCGGGCGAAUUUGUCGUGCGUGCGCCGUUCACUUCCGGCGCGCGGACAGCGUAUUGGCAGUAUCCUUAUCCUCGGCGGGCUGCCGCUUGAGGAAGCGGAAAUCGCGCAGACAGCGCCGGCCAUCUCGAUGCUUCUUGCCGCCGGUAAUGGUAGCGCUGCCGCCAGCCUGCCCCGUGGGAUGGGAGAGUCUCUGCCCUCGAAGCAAGGGUUUCUCACGCCAGGGCCGCCGCCAGGGCCCCGCAGUGCUGCCAUGGGCCGACCAAUGACCGGCCCUGCACGAACGGCAUCACGCAAGCCGCACCCGCCGCCGCCGGGUCAUCGUAUGGCACCAGCCAUCGCAUCCGGGUGGUUGCAGACAUCCCAGAGCAUGCGUGCAGGCGGCGAUGGGAGGUACGAGCAUUCUAGGGCGAUGGGGGUACUUGCGCUGCCGACGGCUUCCCCCGUUGCCAUCCGCCAGUUGACGGAGCGACUUUACAGCCCUGUCUCAGCGUUGGGGCAAGCCACCACCGCGGCAACGCCCGCGGACCCUCAUCACCCGUCCUGCUACAGCACACUGACGCCCUCGCAGCAGCGGCGACUUGUUCGGCGCCUGUACACGCAAAGCAUCGAAAUCCGCGCUGUCCAUCGCCAGCAGCUGCAGGAGGAGGUGAAGCAGGAGCGCGCCACGCCUGUCUUCCGCACUAGCAGGAGCCGCAGAUGCACCCCUGGCGCUGGUCGUAGCUCAAUGCCUGCUGGGGAGUCCGCAGCGCCGCUGCACCGCCCGCCUUAUGGCGCAGCCGCAACAGUGGACGAAGGGUCGACGCCUUCACCAACGCGGGACACGAUUGAAACCAACGGCAGCGGCGGCUCUUUCAUUCACGGCGCCCCAAUCGCAGACGUGUCAGUUGCUGGUCGCGACUUGCAGGACGCAUUCCUCCUGCGUGGCAGCAGGAGCAGUAGUUUGACAACGUCCAGCAGCAGUGACAGUCGCACAUCUAGUAGCGGUGAAUCAGAGCGGGACGCUGAGGUUGUGGAGCCGCAGCCGGUGGACGCCUCUUCCACGACUCCGUCGGGCGAGGGUGACGACUCAGACAGCAAAUAUGCAAAGCACGUCGAGAAGGUAGAGGCGGGUGCUGAGGUGUCUGAAGCAGAGCCAGCUGCGCCCGAGCCGGACGACGCGGUGGUGGGCGUUGCUGCAACACCGCCUUGCAGCGCUGCGAAAACCGCCUCAGAAGACGAGAGGUCGGCAGUGACAGAGAAAGAGUCCGAAAAGAGCGAGUCUUGCGAGGAAAACGAUGACCACUUCGAGGGUGCGUCUUCGGAUGGCUCUUCGGCGGUGCAACAGUGGCGAAAUGCCGUGGUGCCGACCGCGGCGAUCCCAGUGCCGAUCUCGAUGCCGGUGCAUGUUCCGGCGGCUGACAUGGAGAGCGACGAGGUGAGGGUGGGCGACGAGAAGGACGACGCUUCCGUCGCCACGCCUGGUCCGCCGCAGACGGAUGAGGUGGCCCCAGCGGCAGAUGUGGAGGAAGAAGAACCGCACAAGGUCGAGCAGCAAGCGCCUCACGAGCCUGCUACACCACCAUCAGCGUCACCGUCGUCGUCGUCGUUGUCGUCGAAGUCCCCUUCACUCCAGCCAGCGAGCAAGAGCGCGGUCACUGCUGCUGAGGCCGCCGCCGCGGCGCUGUGCCUACCUGAUGACAGCAGCGCUGUCGCAUCGCCGCUUCCCUCCAUCCACAGCAUCCCUGCUAUUGAUCACUACGACAAGGUCGACAAAGAUGGGGCCAGCGACGACCACAAGGAGGAUGCCGCUACCCCGUCGACGCCGCCGCCGCUUGACGUCCGGGACGAAGAAGACGAGGCGCAGCCGAAGGAGAAGAACGAUGACUAUGCUGACGCCGACGACGACUGGGAACGCGUGUUGAGCGCCGACGAAAACGACGGCCACGCGGGCGGAGUCAAGUCGACAAGCAGCGUGGAAAGUCGCUUUUCCAUUGGCGAGGCAGCGGAGAAGUUGAUGGAGGAUCUGACCCCGCCGCCCGCCCCGCGCGAGCACACCACACCGCCCUCGUCGUCAUCAGUUCUUUUGUUGCCACCAUUAAAGGAGGCAAGCAUCGUGCCGGAAGUCGCCGCUGUGCGGGCAGAGGAGUUGUCGGAAGCAGCGACGGCCUCGUCGGAUUCCUUGUCUGCUGAAGAUGUGGCAGAGAGGCCUCUUGGUGUCCUCGCUGAAGAAGCUGGCGUUCCCAGCAAAGCGGGGGAGAGCGAUGACGCGUUCUCUUCUUUUGCCUCGUUGUCGGCAUAUGCUCCCGCAGUCGCUGCACCAGCUGUGGAGGCGCUAGCAGCACCCGUCUCUCCACUGCAGAGCUCCAGCGCUGGUGAUGCGGACGACAGUAGUGAGACGGCGCCAUCCACGCCUGCGGUGGGAACGCCGCAUCUGGCGGCAGCGGGGGAGGACGAUAAGGACGAAGCCGCGCUUGAAAAGCCGCAGCAGGACGCCGAUGCUCUCGUGGAGCAGCCGCCCGCAGCACCACCAACCCCUUCGAGCACGUCUUUUGCUGCGCUGGAUUCGGCCGCCGCGCCGCCUGCGCCUGUCACCUCCUCCCACAACCGACAGGAUUCAGGUGAAUGGGCGGAUACCGAAGGCCCCCACGCCACUGCAACGCCUCCUGCUGAAGCGGUAGAGCCUGCCUUGGCAGCUCAUGCAGACAUCGACGAUGAGGAUGCCCGUAGUAAGGCAGAGACACCUAUCGAUGAAAGUGAGGCUGCCCUCGCCGCCAAUGCCGCACCGGCCACUGACUGGAAGACAAGGUCGUUGUCUGCCUCUUCUGCUGUUCUCUCAGAAACGCCGGAGGCACCGGCAGCGGCGCCCGGCUCGCGGGCCUCUUCAGUUGCCACUGAAGACGUGUACAACACUGGCGCGGCUGCCGCCUCUCCCUCCACGCAUGAUGAGGAGGUGGAAGAGAGCCAGGGUGCCGAGAAGCUGCACGGCGACAGCUACCUUGGAGUGGAGACCGGCGUGCAGGACGAUGCUGUGGAAAGUGACGUAGCGGUGGCAGUGGCACCGGCACCAGCAGAUGUUGACGAGAAGACGUCUGAGGAGCCUUCUGCCACACUGAUGCAGUCGCGACAUGGGCAGGAGUCGAUGGAAGAGGAACAGCGUGGUUCACCGGCCGCCGCGUCAGUUGCUACGUCGUCUGUGCACAAAGAGCGCCACUCGGGACUGCGCACGCCAGUUGCCUCGCAGGUGGAGAACGGGAGCUGCGGUUGGGAGGAGCUGGAAGAAGGGCCAGUCCCGGCCCCGGAAUUGUCCGAGAUGGAGGGCACUGCAGGUGCAGAGCAGGUGGCGAGCGUGUCCAUGAGCCCGAUGCACGAGGAGGCUUCGGAAAGCUGGAGCGAGCUGUCGUCUGUGGAGGAGGAGGCGCUGGUGCAGGAGAGCCGAUUUGCGCCAGUAUCGGCGGAGUCCUCCAGGGAUGAGAAGGAUGACGCCGCUCGGCUGUCGGAUGAGCUGAAGGCCACGGAGCUGUCUACUCCCGCCGCCGCCGUGUCGCCGCACUUGGAUGGGGAGGCGUCGGCAACGCAAGUCAACGCGUCUCCAAUGCAGGCAACGAUGGAGGACGCGCACAACGAGUUUGACACGCAGAACUCAAGUGAGGUGGAGGUGGAGGAGACGACUAUGGACCUGAACGACGGCCGCGAUCUGCUCGACCGUCGUCGCGGCGUGGAGGCGGCAAUAAACGAGGAUGAUUUUGACUUUUAG